GCCAAAGCCUUGGAAAUGUAUUGUGUCUGCCAGCAUACAUUGCAACUCUUUCAGUGUUUUUAAAAAUCAUGAAGUUACAGAGAGAAUGUCCACAGAAUUUGUAUGCAAUCUUUAAAUAAACCUCUAGCUCUUUUUUUUUUUUUAGUCUCAAUGUAUUGCUCAUGCAUGUCUUUGUUUGACUGCAGCUGUGUUUUAAACUCACAUAUGCACUAGUUUCACUUCAGACUAUUGCCUGACUAUGGAUGCCCCCAAAGACAGAAUCAGUAGUCUGAAGAACACAACAAUGUUUCAUUUAUACAGCAAUUCAGAAAGCGAGAGAUAUGACUUAACACCUGCUGCUUUCAUAAAUAGCAUAACUUACCUGAUCUGUAAUUAAGAGUCCAGCCUGUUCAAUAAAGCUAGUUUGCAGGUGACCUGGAGUGUGUAGAAUCUCAUCACACUGUAAUUUUAUAUCUAGUGACUGUACUAACCACACAGUGUUGCACUUGCUGUAACUGAGCUGUGUAGCUGAUCUAACCAGUGACCUCACUGUAUUUUCUUGUGAUUAACUUCUGCAAAUUUUGUUUUGAGGAAAUUAUCUGUUUAAGAUCUGUCUCCAUGUGAGUGUGACUUCAGUGCUGCUGUGUACGCUAAUUAAACAAAUAUCGCUUUCGAAAAUAUAGUUUCAAGAGAUGUCAGGCAGACAGGGCCGUCAGUGUGUAAUUGUCUCUUUGAGGAAAUGAUUACAGCUUCUAGACUCUAAUCUCAGGCUUACAGACAAAAUCUUUCAUCUGUAAUCAUAAUAAUACGCCACAGACAUGCACAGAGUAUGACUGAAUGUGAAGGGAGACAAGAGUGUGGCAAAUACAGUAUGAAUGCAUGCAUCAGUCAUACAGUUUUAUAUUGCAGGACUUUAAAACACCAAGAGCAAUAUGGCAGUGAACUCGUCAUUACAACCCAGCCGGAUGGACAGAAGGGCUAGUUUUCUUCAGCUCGUCGAUGCGUUUGCAUUGUCACUGGGAGCAUUGGAGCUGCAAAUGGUUCACGCUGUGCAGGAAAAAGACAGAGACACAGACAUUUCUAUGCUCAUAGAGAUAGAGGGAGAGAUAAAUCCUGUGUGUCUACAGUAUCCUGCGGUAGAUGGGGCAGGUACGAGCAUAAGUGUGAGUGUGUUGGAUAAACUGAUACACACACACCCCAUCUGGCUUCUGCUUUCCAUCGACCAGCGAGAGGCCACUUGCAUCCUUCUGCAGCAACCAGCUGGGGUGUUUUUAGUGUGGAAAUCAUCUAUCCUGCAAAAGAAGGUCCUGUCAUUCCACAUGGAUGGUACCUCAGACUCCUCUGUCAUUCACAUCCCUGUAAAGGAGAACCAGUACACAUUUUCUCUACAGGGCUCAGGAAUCAGUUUUGCUGACCUCUUUCGUCUUGUGGCCUUUUAUUGUAUCAGCAGAGACAUUCUGCCGUUUACCCUGAAGCUCCCUGAGGCCAUCCAUUCAGCAGUGAGCCUGUCAGAUCUACAUGAAGUGGCCCAGCAAGGAGCAGCAUUCUGGGAAUCUUCUCUCAACAAACAACAAGGGACAAUCCCUGCUCCAAACAGUUCUCUGCUUCAGGACAGACCGCCGAUCUCUCUGCACAGCAGCUGCUCUGAUGUCUUACAGACAGAGGAUCAAACCUGCGCUCCGUUUGGGAAGCUACUGACCAACACCUGCCCUGAUACCUCAGAAGGUGAAAGGAGUUGCUCCAGCAGUGCUUUGUCUUUUAUAAACCCUGUCUUUCUCAAGACACAGCAAGAUGUCACAGGAAAUUCAGAAACAGUGAUCGCAAAGGACCCAACAGCCAAAAACGGAAAAUCUCGUCCCCCUCCUCCACCAAGACCACCUCCUCCUCGCAUUUUGGUUCAUACCCCUACUUCACCUACAGGUCCGAGGACUAUGCCUUUGAGUGCUGGCAUUACUAGAACGAGUCGGAGACACAAUCCUCCACCACGACCUCCACAACCUCCAGACAUCGACAGCUACCGCUGCACCAUUGCGUUAAAUGACGAAACCAUCUCUAAGGCCCUUUCUCAAGCCAAUAUGACUCCUUUAAACCCGACCAGCAGCACUAUCCUGCAGCAAUGGACUGGACCCGAAGAGAAAAGGCGAAGCUCAAGUGGCCGAAGCUUGUCUACAUCCUCAUCAGACUCUUUGGAUUCUCCUCCGCAUCCUCUCCCAUUGGGACUAUCCCAAAACGUUGGAAAAUGCCUCUCCACGGAUGACAGCAGUGAUGAGUAUGGGGACGAGGAGGACGACUACGGUGUGGGACUUGAAAGGGAUCUGCAUCUUCGCCUUCGUGCUUCCCGCAUGUCAAAGAAACUCCUGUCGGUCGAACUAGUAGGCCCUCGACCAAGAUCGCUUGUUAUCCCACAAGCACUUAGGGGACACUUCCGUAAGGUCCGAGAUGUUUUCAGUGUACUGGCUAAGCCUGAAAAACGCAUCUUGCUUCGGAUCAUUGAGUUGUCCAAAGACAAAACUUCUUACUUUGGGUGCCUGGUGCAGGACUAUGUGAGCUUUGUGCAGGAGAAUAAAAACUGCCACUCGUCCAGCCAGGAUCUUCUGCAGACCAUCCGGCAGUUCAUGACCCAGAUGAAGGCUUACCUCAAACAGAGCUCGGAAAUGAACCCACCUAUAGAGUCUUACAUACCUGAGGACCAGAUAGAUCCAGUGUUGGAGAAGGCCAUGCAUAAGUGUGUGCUGAAACCUCUGUACAGCUGCUUGCAGUCGGUGCUGCAUGAUUUCCAGGGGGCCGGUGGAGUGUGGCAGAGGCUGCAGGAGAAUCUAGCCCUGGCCAAGACCAAACAGCCUCACGAGCUGGGAGUGAACGGAGCCCGGCCUCCAGACGCCCACGCCAUCCACAGGAUCCGCCGAAAACUCCGAGCCAUGUGCCAGAUGUACUCACCAGAGAGGAAGAUUAUGGUGCUGUUAAAAGUCUGCAAACUCAUCUACAAUAUUAUGCAAGACCAAGAAGUGCGGAUGUUUGGAGCGGAUGAUUUCCUGCCCAUGUUGACAUAUGUGCUGGUCCAGUGUGACAUGCCUCAGCUGGACACUGAGAUCCUGUAUAUGAUGGAGCUGAUAGAUCCCUCAUUACUGCAUGGAGAAGGAGGAUAUUACCUCACCAGUGCAUAUGGAGCGAUGUCACUGAUUAAGAACUUAAAGGAAGAGCAGGCUGCUCGAGUACUCAACUCUACAACACGUGACACACUCCACCAGUGGCACCAGCGUCGCACACUGCAGAGAAACCUGCCCUCAGUGGACGACUUCCAGAACUACAUGCGAGUGGCUCUGCAGAAAGCAGAUAGCGGCUGCACGGCUAAAACCCUUCAGGUGCGGCCCUACGCCACGACAGAAGAGGUGUGUCAUCUUUGUGCGCUCAAAUUCGGUGUGUCUGAUCCAGAAAACUACGGCCUGUUUCUUUACAUGGACGAGAACAGCCAGCAGUUGGCCGCAGACACACACCCUCAGUGGAUAAAGUCAGAGUUACAUAGUCGACCGAAGCGUCAACACUUUUACUUUGUCUACAAGUCGAUACCCAGCAUGAAUUGUUCCACUCCUUUGUCUUGAAAGCAGGACGUUUCCUGAACACUCAAUAGACGGAAAGUGUGUAAUGAAGGUGUGACUUCACGGAAUGUGUAUAAAGAUCGGGAAAUGAUAAGGUCUCAUGGAUAGAGUGGCUCAAAAAAGAAUAAUUUAAUUGGCACUUUACAAGAAUAAAGUACAUUUGGGUUGUUAAAAUGAGUAGUUUCGAAACAGACUUGGGUAACACGGUUGCACAUAUAGCCUAAAUGGAGUCAGGACUAGCUAGUUUGGGACCAAAUGUUGGUUUGUAUUUAUAAAUAAAACUUGUAUUUCCAAAAAUUUAAGAAGAAUGUAAGAGUUUGCAAAAGGUUUCCAUUUGUUAACAUUAGUAAACCAAAUUAGUUAAUCUGAACUAACAAUGAACAAUACUUUUACAGUAUUUAUUAAUCUUACUUAAAGUUGAACUCAACAUUUACUAAUAAAUUUUUAAAACCAUAAGUAGUGUAUUUUGUGAACAUUUCAUCUUACGGUAGUUAAUACAUUAACUUAUGUUAACAAAUGAGACCUUACUGUAGAGUGAUACCAAUAUUAGUAUUUUUAUUUUAGGUCAUUAUUAUAUUAGGUCAUUUUUAUCUUACAAUAACCAUGGUAACUAGGUUGAAUAACUGCAAUUGAUGGUUGCUGUUUCUAUAAAAUUUCUAUAAAAAAUGAAAAUAUACAAUGAUUAUAUUUUAUUUUUUUUAUAAUUUACUUGUCUUUCCCACUAAAGGGUCCUAAAUAACAUGAUGUUAUUUCUUGGGUAUCACAAUUUUAAGCAAUAUUGUUUUUUUUGUUUUUUGUUUGUUUUGUAAUGUUGGAAAAUGAUGUAGUAACAGGCUUGCAUACAAAACACAGAUGAAUUGUAUAUAUAUAUUGAUUUAAAAAAUGACAAAUAUUUUUAUAUUUAUCAGUUCCACAGACUAAAAUUGUAAUGUAUGAUAAUGCAUCGUUUAUGCUAAUAUAAUAACAAUAGUUCAUAUUACAAAUCUGACAAUAAGAAAAAAAACUUUUUUCUUUUCCUUUUUAUAGUAUGACACCAAAGUGUGCCAUAUUUGCUUUGUAAAAAGUCCCAAAUAUUACAUUAUGUAAAAUAGUGUUUAUUCACAUUGCUAUGUUUUGAAUAGAAAUGUUUAAUAUAAAAGGCAUUUAUUGGGUAUUGUCAGUAAUGUGGUGUUGAACCUGUGAGUAUAUAUUUUUUUUUUCAUUUGAUUCAGUAUGAAUUUAAAGUAGCAUCUGUACCCAAAAAUGCCAGGACUGCAAUGAAAGAUAUUGUGCCAUUGUUAUGUAUAUACAGAGGUGUCAGGGAUUAUCUCUAGUCAAACCAGUACAUAGUUCUGUACAUAGUCAAAUAUUUUUGCAUUCAGGUUGAUUGUGUGUUGAAGUGUUUAGAGAUGAUGCUUGAUCACAUGGUUGAUUUUUCUUUAGCACAACAGAGAUGCGUCAGUGUGACCUUGCAAACUGUUAAAUUGGCUGAAGAAGCUUUUUCUCUCACUUUGUUCUUGUGAAAAAGGAACACUUUGCUCCUUAUACUUCAGCCAAUGUCUAAAUGUACUACACUGUAAAUGUGUAACAUGUACAACACACCUAUGGCAGAGAAUGUGAUUUUUACCAGUUUCCUUACUGUUGAUGAUCAUUUAAACACUGAACUUGUGCAUACUUUAUUGUCUUUGUUGUUAUUUGCACUGCAGAAAAUAAAGAGUGUCUUUAUUCUUUU